GUUUUCGACCUGAUUGGUCGUUAGUACUGAUUGUGCUCUUGAAAAGUAGGGGUGGUAAAAAGAGUUGUUGGCGUCAAAGCGGUGUACAAGUUGUCUCAAUGGUCGCCCCGGCGGACUGUCUGGUGUCGGGAACAGUCACUCACUCCAGCCGGAGUUUCCAGCUUCAAGCUCCAGCCUAUUGGUCUCUAGUAGUAGUAGCAGAAGCUGUAUGUGGCCAUUCCCUUCUCCGACAACGCUUUAUUUUACCGCAUUGCCAAGAGAAGCUUCGGUUGUGAGGCAUAUCCAAGAUGUCGACCCACGGCGAGGAAUCGGCCAUUGAUGUGGGCAUGAUGCAGGAGAUUGUUCGCGCUGACGGGUAUCUGUGGCUGAAGUACGGUCAGAAGAAUAUAUUCAACACCUACAUCACUCGGUGCUACUACAAGUGCUACUGCUCCAAGAGCAAGCCCGCCUGCGCAGCUAAGAAGACGGUGGAGUACGACCGGCGGCGACAAUUCACCUUAUCCACAAUCCACAUCAACUACAGCACCCCCCAUCACAACCACCCCGCUCCUCUCGCUAGACGCAUCUGCAACGAAGAACUGAGCUCGCCGACCCAGAAGCACGCAUCUCAGGAGCGUGACAACCCCAGGGUUGCUGAAGCCAUCCCCUGCAGAGCUGCUCAAGGCCCUGUACUCGAAGGCCCUGUAACUGAAGGCCCUGUACCUGGCUCUCCCCCCGUACCUGUCUCUCCCCCUGUACUUGUCUCUCCCCCUGUACCUGUCUCUCCCCCUGUACCUGUCUCUCCCCCUGUACCUGUCUCUCCCCCUGUACCUGUCUCUCCCCCUGUACCUGUCUCUCCCCCUGUACCUGGCUCUCCCCCUGUACCUGUCUCUCCCCCUUUACCUGCGUCUUCCCCUGUACCCGGCUCUCCCCCUAUACGUGGCUCUCCCGCUGAACCCGCCGUCACAGAAGGCAGUGCUGCUAGCCCUGCACCUGACUCUUUCCCAGCUGACCCUGACGGUUUUAAUUCUGCCCCGCUAUCGGAUUCUCCCGCAUUGCUCACUUCCUGUGCUACGGCAGCCACAUCGGCCAGCAGUGCAGUAGCAAUGGCUGCAGAGCCAGCAGUGGAUGCAGAGCCAGCAGCCGUUUCCCCUGCAGUGUUUCCGCAGGAUGGGCAGCAGUGGCCCGCAUUGGUCUGCCCAUCAGCUGCUGCUUGUUCUUCAGAAGUUGGCUCCAGCUUGGAGAAUUCUCCUAUUGUUGAAUUGUGUUCCCCUACAACGCUCCUUGGAAACAUAUCUUCUGCUGUCAACAGCUGUGAAACACUAUUGGUCCAAGAUAGGGCUCGAAUUGGUGAGCAGUGGAUGGGCUGCGAUUCUCUGGAAGACAUGCCUUGUGCCAAACGGGCGAGGCGUACCGAAGAAACAGCACCCCACGACAACCACAGCCUGGGGUUUUUCCAUGCUGCUUGUGCUAAGGUGGACCAGCAGCUGCAGCUCACUUCUGCGUUGCAGGACUGCUCGGCAAGUGGUGCUGCAGAUGAGGCUUUCCCGGCACUUCCCUUGGGAGUGCUUGAGCAUGCCGAGGAUGGAGGACCUGAACCGGAUUUUUCUAUCUCUCCAACCUCGGAAAUUCACGACUAUGUAUUGUGGAGAGAGUGUGGAAGCCUGGAUGGACCUAGAGACUGGCACAAUCACGGUGAGAGCUUUCUUAAUCUACUAUUAGGUGAAAGUGAAGCCUUGAGCGUUUUUGACCUUGCUGGUUCUGAAAUGGUGGAAAUUUAGAACGGUAAAAGCCCUGAUAUAAGACCCCCAUGGAAUAGAAAAUACUAUGUCUU